CCCAUUUGUGCAUUGAUUACCACAGGAAUCCCACUGUUGUCCUGCAAGUUAAAUGUUAACUGCACGGAUAAACAAAGUGCAAUGCCAUGCAAUUACUGACUGACUGCAUUUGACUUCUGCUCAAGUCAGAAGUAGGAAUAAUGUCCAGCAAUCCAGUGUGCAUUCAUGAUUUUGAAAAACAUGCGAAAGAUGUCCUACCCAAAGCAGUCUAUGAUUAUUACUCUUCAGGAGCAGAUGACCAACAGACCUUAAGGGAUAAUACUGCUGCUUUCUCCAGAUGGCAAAUCUGCCCACGUGUUCUUAGGGAUGUGUCAAGCGUGGACUUAUCUGCAACUAUCUUGGGGCAGAGAAUUAGCAUGCCAAUUUGUGUUUCUGCUACAGCUAUGCAACGGAUGGCACAUCCAGAAGGAGAAGUGGCAACAGUGAAAGCCUGCAGCUCACAGGGCACGGGCAUGAUGCUCAGCACCUGGGCUACGUCCAGCAUCGAGCAGGUGGCGGCAGCUGCACCCAGCGCCGUCCGUUGGCUGCAGUUAUACAUCUACAAGGACCGGCUGCUGACCAAAUCUCUUGUAAGAAGAGCUGAGAAGGCAGGCUACCAAGGAAUCUUUCUAACCAUAGACACACCGUACCUGGGAAAACGCUUAGUGGAUGUGCGAAACAAGUUUAAGCUGCCCCCACACCUCAGGAUGGCAAACUUCGAGAGCCUUGAUUUGGCAUUUUCCAAAAAGGACUACGGAGAGGACAGUGGACUGGCUGUUUACACAGCCAAUGCAAUUGACCCCACUAUAAAAUGGCAGGAUAUUGACUGGCUGAGUCAACUGACCAAACUACCUAUUGUUCUCAAGGGCAUCUUGAGAGCCGAUGAUGCCAGAGAAGCGGUUAAGCAUGGAAUUGUUGGAAUACUUGUAUCAAAUCAUGGAGCAAGGCAACUGGAUUGUGUACCAGCAACUACAAUGGCCAGAGGAGAAGCUCACUGAGGUACAGAGGAGGAAGUAGAAGGCUCUCCAGAAGCAGGAGAUGAAUUGCGGGACCCAGUCCAACACAACGUUCUGAGGGAAAACUACUUGUUGGAGAUCCAUCUCAGUGGAGGGCACGAAAGUGGGCCACCUCGGAGAUUCAGUCUACCACUGUCAUGAUCACCAUGGCCCCAUCGGAAGGUUGUAAACCCAUGAUGAAAUUAAUGGCAAUGUAGGACCAUGGUUACCGAGGGACCAGCAGGGGCUGCAGGAAGCCAAAGAGCUGCUGGUUGGAGGAAUUGGUUUGGGCACAUUGAGGGCAGGCAGCGACAAACUGAACGUGGUGGGCCUCUAGAAUUGGCGUCGCAGAAAAUCCCAAGACCGCCGUGUACCUGACGAGCCAGAGAGGGGUGAGGACCGGCCCCACUGGAGUGCCUCAGACAGCACAACCGCCGGCACAUACGUUUGUACAUGCAGUUUGUCAGCUGUGUCAGCCAGAGCAGGGCCAUGCAGUCGGGCCUAGCAGAUUCUGGUUUCAAGAUCCCAGACGAUCAGGGCGAAGAUAAGGCAGGACGGAAUGAUGGGGCUGAGAGUUUAUAUUGUUGCUAGGUCAAACUGUCCUGACAGGGCAUCUGUCUUAGUGGAGCUGGGUUGGUAGGGGAUGGUAAAGUUGAAUUGCUUGAAGAAGAGGUCCUAGCAAGCUUGAUAUGGGUUGAGUUGGUGGGUCUGUAAAAUGUAUAUGAGGUUCCUGUGGUCAGUCCAGAUCAGGAAGGGCUCAGUGUUUCCCAACAGCCAGUGUGUCCAUUCCUGCAAGUAGACAAGUAAUUUAUUGGAGAGUAGCUCCCUGUCUCCUACUCCAUAACAGCACUGUGUAGAGUUGAAUUUGUGAGAGAAGAAGGCACAAGGAUGUGUCUUCCCACCCAGUCCUCACUGGAAGAGGAUGGACCCAGUGCCCAUGUCAGAUGCAUCCACCUCUACCACAAAAGGAAUGGAGUGGUUUGGAUGGCAGAGAAUGGUGGUGAAGCAUCUCUUGAGCUCCUCGAGAGCAUGGUCCACAGCAGCAGACCAGGUUAUGUGUGAGGUGCGUGAUCUGGUAAGGGCGGUGAGAAGAGUGGAAAUUUGGCUGUAGCUUCUGACGGGACAGCGGUAGAAGUCGGAGAAGCCCAAGAAGUGAAGCAGCUAUUAGAGGGAGUGCAGCUGGAGCCAUCAAUGACAAUGCACACUUUCACUGGAUCCAUGGUUAUGCCUUGGGAUGAAUGAACGUAACCGAAGGAAGGAGAUGACUGGGGUGUAGAACUGGCAUUUCUCUAAACUGCAGUACAGACGUAUUUUUGAGGAGCUGCUGAAGGACUGAAUGGUCGUGACAGAUGUGGUCUUGGGAGUCCGUGGAGAAGAUGAGGAUGCCAUCGACAUAGACAAACACAUACCUGUGAAACAUGUCUUGAAGGAUCUUGUUAAUGAAGGCUAGGAAAAUGGCUGGACUGUUGGAAGGUCCAAAAAGCAUCAUCAAGUAUUCAUAGUGACCAGUAUGUGUUCUGAACAUCAUCUUUCACUCAUCCCCCUGGCGGACAUGGAUUAGAUUGUACACGCUCUGUAGAUCCAGUUCAGUGAAGAUCUGGGUCCCACGGAGUAUUUCAAAUACCCUAUCCAUCAAAGAGAGAAAGAAUAGUGAUUUUGUUGAGAUCACAGUAGUCAAUACAGAGACAGAGACCCCAUAUUUCUUUUUGACAAAGAAGAAUCUUGCACUGGGAUGGUUGAAUGAAGUCAUCCUGUAGUGCUUCGGCAAUGUGGUCAUACACGGCUUGGGGCCACAGGACGGGACAGGGAGAACAGCUGACCUCAGAGAGGGAUGGUGCCCGGGUGGAGAUCGAUCAUGUAGCCCGUGAGGUAGCAAGGUGCUGGCUUCCAUUUUACUGAGGGCAGUGGCUGAGUCAUGGUGUUUCUGUGGGAGUUCGGUGAAGUCGCGGUUUCCCUCAGUCUCCACGGAUUUACUGGGUGACAUCGAUUGAGGCUGCAGGCAGUGGUCCAGUAAGUGGGUCUCUAACUCAGGAGUGAACCGAGUAACCAGGUGAACUGGGGGUUGUGAGUGGAGAGCCAGAGGUAACCCAAGAUGAGAGGAGUGUUUGGUGAGUCGAUAAGAAGGAACAAGACGGACUUGAAGGGCUCGCUGAUGCUCAUGUGCACGGGCAUGGGCAAGCGGCUCAUCCCAGUCCCCAAGGGAUGUCCGACAAAGGACAUCCAUCAAUGGCCAUGAUGCAGAAGGGGUGAGAGAUGGGCUCAGGGGGAAGUCCAAGCUACACACAGAGAGUCAGAUCCAGAAAGUUGCCUGCUGCGCUGGAAUCCACAAGAGCCUCCUGUGUGCAUUGAACUGUCGUGGCGUGGAGGAGAACAGAGCCAGUAAGUCGGUCUAUGGUACUGAAUGAGAGGCUGGCGGGAGCUUGCCAGAUAGAAGGCCCCAUGUCCCUACCUGGUGGUGUCAUUUCCCAGACAUAGUGGGCAUUUGUUGUGUGGUUGAUUGGUUGGUCCACAGUAAACGCACAAGUUGUUUCUCCACCGAUGCUCCCACUCAUGGGGGAUUACAGGAGCUCUACUUAACUGCAUGGGUUCUGAAGGAACUGAUGAUGAGGGGCCUGCAACCUGAGAUGGUUCUGGGAAUAGAGAAACAUAGAAAACCUACAGCACAAUACAGGCCCUUCAGCCCACAAAGUUGGGCUGAACAUGUCCUACCUUAGAAAUUACUAGGCUUACCCAUAGCCCUCUAUUUUUCUAAGCUCCAUGUACCUAUCCAAAAGUCUCUUAAAAGACCCUAUCGUGUCUGCCUCCACCACCGUUGCCAGCAGCCCAUUCCACGCACUCACCACUCUCUGCGUUAAAAAACUUACCCCUGACAUCUCCCCUGUACCUACUACCCAGCACCUUAAACCUGUGUCCUCUUGUGGCAACCAUUUCAGUCCUGGGAAAAAGCCUCUGAAUGGAACUGGGGAUCUGGCUGAUGAUCUAGGGAAUCGUUUCAUAAGAUGCUCUCAAUAUGGAGGGUCAGAAUGAUGAGGCUUUCAAGGUUGGUGGGCAACCCCCAGGUAGACAGCUCAUCUUUCAUGCACUCCAAGAAGCCGUGAUAGUAAUGUGUCAAAAGCACUUUCACUUUACAGUUGCACUUUGCUGCAAAGGUCCUGAAUUCCACUUGGUAAUCCAGCAUCGGUAUAAUUCUUGACACACGCGAACUAUCUAAACUGUUGCCUCCAUUCCACUUCCUGGAUGUUGAAGAACUCUGUAUAUCUCAGUGUCAAAUUCCUCAUAUUUAUUGGAAAUAGUGUUUUAUUUGUCCCAGUUAGCAGCAGCCCAGGUCAGAGCUUGCCCAGUCAACAAAAGGCUCUCAACGAAGGCUCUCUUGGCUCGGUCUGUAGAAGACAUAGAAUUUACCACUUCUGGAAGCUCCUUCUAUUUAUGGACCAACUUCUGAGUGAAAAAGUUGCCCUUCAGAUUCAUAUUAAAUCUAUCUCCUCAUUUUCUAAACCUAGGUCUCCUAGUUCUUGAUUCCCCAGGCCUGGGAAAAAUUCUCUGCGCGUCUGCAUUCCACUGACGCUCCAACACAAUAUCUUCAGUAUUCCCACACUUUCUGCCUCAACUCCCACGUUGUCCCUUACCUUAUCCCUUUAAUCACAUGUUUUGACAUCAGAAUGCUUCCAUGGAUUAUAGUCUUAGGAAGCUAUGUGGAACAAAAUGAGGAAUAAUACUGUUUCCUUAGAACAAUUAAGAUUAAAAAGCUUUCGUAGAGCUGGUCAAAACAAAGAAAGAUUUCUGAUUGAGAAAGUUGUGAUCUGGACAGCACUGCACGAAGGGAAGGUGAAAGCAGGUGUAUUGGAAGAUUCAGGAGAGGAUUAAACAAGUACUGAACUUAAAAUGAAAGAGAAAUUUUUUAGCUAUGAGAAGUAGGUGAGUGAAAUUAAUUGGACAGAACAAUCAAAGAUCUGGCCCAGGCACGACAGGUUGCUUGACCUCUUUCUGGCCCUUUUAGUUCAAUGAUACAUAGAACAUAGAACAUAGAACAUAGAAUAGUACAGCACAGUACAGGCCCUUUGGCCCACAAUGUGCCAACCCUCAAACCUUGCCUCCUAUAUAAGCCCUCACCUUAAAUUCCUCCAUAUACCUGUCUAGUAGUCUCUUAAACUUCACUAGUGUAUCUGCCUCCACCACUGGCUCAGGCAGUGCAAUCCACGCACCAACCACUCUCUGAGAAAAAAACCUUCCUCUAAUAUCCCCCUUGAACUUCCCACCCCUUACCUUAAAGCCAUGUCCUCUUGUAUUGAGCAGUGGUACCCUGGGGAAGAGGCGCUGGCUAUCCACUCUAUCUAUUCCUCUUAUUAUCUUGUACACCUCUAUCAUGUCUCCUCUCAUCCUCCUUCUCUCCAAAGAGUAAAGCCCUAUCUCCCUUAAUCUCUGAUCAUAAUGCAUACUUUCUAAACCAGGCAGCAUCCUGGUAAAUCUCCUCUGUACCAUUUCCAAUGCUUCCACAUCCUUCCUAUAGUGAGGCGACCAGAACUGGACACAGUACUCCAAGUGUGGCCUAACCAGAGUUUUAUAGAGCUGCAUCAUUAUAUCGCGACUCUUAAACUCUAUCCCUCGACUUAUGAAAGCUAACACCCCCAUAAGCUUUCUUAACUACCCUAUCCACCUGUGAGGCAACUUUCAGGGAUCUGUGGACAUGUACCCCCAGAUCCCUCUGCUCCUUCAUACUACCAAGUAUCCUGCCAUUUACUUUGUACUCUGC